CCGGCCACCGAAAUUAUGCGUUCAAUAUUUAUAUUCCUCCUGGCCUUCCAAUGUGCAAAUGCUGACAAAGACAUCAUUCCAGUCUUCCUCAUGGACUACGGUGGUGUGAUGUCACAUUUGACAGUCGAAGCAAAUCCAUUUUCCAAAAUAAGCACUGCCUACUUCGCCGAUAUAAUCCAUGACGCUAUAAAAAGGAGCGAAGUGGUCAUAAUCUUCGUGGAAGACCAGUUCAGCGUUGAAGACAUUACUAUAAAAGACAAACUAGGGACUCCCUACCACCAUCUUCACCAGGACAUGCUGGAAAACAAAGUGAAAUUCUUCCCUGGAGUCAUAGAACCAUUUAAACUUCUCAAUCAGAUAUUCCAGCCGCAGCAAUUCAAUGUUUUUUAUCUGAACUCGGGCACGAAGUUGCAGAUGUUUGAUGGACACUUUAAAUAUUUUUAUAUUUUCUUCCAAGACGGCAAAAAUGAGACAAGAGCAGAGGUACUAAGACGCCACGACUUGAUUAUGAGGGAGGUGUACUUCGUCGUUCGUCAGUUAGCACCGGGUGCCGUGGUGGCUUUUUAUACUGGAAAAAUGAACCCUGUUGAAGUGGAAAAGAUAGAGUUCGUGCCGAUUUCACCGAUUGCGGUUACUAGGGACCCAGGAGUGAUGGUGGUGACGGACGGCGCGCUUUUUCGGUUUGUCGGAGUGUACGCAGCUACACAAACGCGACGAGCCACCUUCAACCAGAUCCCAAUGGUGGCAGAGGAGACGUGGACCCUCGAGUCACUGUCUACCAAGAUGGCGUACACUGAUUUUGAGUUAGAAUUCAAUUUUAGUUUCAAGGACAAGGGUUGGCUGCUUGAGAACGUGGCUCUCCUAGAGGGGGGUGAGGAAGUCGGCCGAACUGACAUGGGAGUAGGAGCGAGGUGGAACUGGGCUUACUACUGCGGGGAGCCCUUAGUGCUCGUGAACACUCGGGACGGGAGCUCUGUCACCAUCUCGGAGUACCAGAUACAGCCACUAAAGAAGCGAAAUAUCCAGCGGAGCGGAACUGAAGACAUCACGACCACCGAGGAUCCCGACGCGGGCAGUGGCAGCGGCGCUGGGUCUGACGACAACAAAGGAUUCGGGAGUUCAGUCAACUGUGGCCCGUAUUACAGUGCUAGCAUACUCGCCGGAUUGUUUAUAAGCGGGAUAUGCUUUGGAAUACUGAUAUUUGGGGUUACUAUUAUGUACGAUUGCCAAAAUAAUGAUAGGUAUGAUGAUGCGCAAGGGAAACCUUUGGUGAUCACUUUUGAGGGUGGCGGCCAUUGAUAUAACUUUUCACUAUUACAAAUGACUAAUGCCCGUCACCAUUAAUUCCUAAUUUAUAAGUGACCCUUAAGGUAACACUUAACAGGAAUAUUGUUUUCAUAGGGGUCACUUAAAAAUUAGGGAUUAAUGGUGAAAACGGGCAUAAGCUCGCUAGACCUAUGGAUCAUCUUUAGCCCGGAUAAUGUUUUAAUAUUUUCUUUUAAGAGACACUUAAUUUAUUAUAAUAGCAUGCGAAUGUCUAAGACUAGAUUUUAGUU